GGAAAGAAAGGAAGCAUACAUUUCCUUGGUAGAAAGAGAGUGACGGUCAAGAAUAUCCAGCGAUGGAUCCGUCCAUCCAAGAUGACUUACUGUGCAGUGCAACAACGAACACCAUCAUAUCAUAUCAUUCAUAUCAUAUAGAGAGAGAGAGGAGAGGAGAGGAGGAAGAUGGGAUCGCGGUAUGAGGUGGAGGUGACGGUGUCGUCGGCGCGGGACCUCAAGAACGUCAACUGGCGCAACGGCGAUCUCAACCCCUACGCUGUCCUCUGGAUCGACGACGGCGCCAGGUGCUCCACCCGCGUCGACCUCGACAACGGCGACAACCCAGACUGGGACGACAAGCUCACCCUCCCUCUCCCGCCCUCCUCCCGCCUCGACGACGCCGUCCUCUACAUCGACGUCGUCCACGCCAACGCCGCCGAUGGCGUCAAGCCGCUCGUCGGCUCCGCCCGCCUCCCGCUCCGCGACGUCCUCGACGACGCUGGCAUAGGCGCCCGCGUCUCCCGCUCCCUCCGCCUCAAGCGCCCCUCCGGCCGCCCCCAGGGUCGCCUCGAGCUCCGCCUCGCCGUCCGCUACUACGACACCCCGCCAGCUAACUAUCCGGCUCCCUACGGCCAGCCAGCCGGCUUCCGCGACCCCUACGCCUACGCCUCAGGGGGGCAGGGGCAGCAGUACCCGUACGAGUACACCGCGCCGCCGGCUGCAGGGUACCCGAGUAGCGCCGCCUACGGUGGUCCGGUGGUGGUGGAGGAGGAGAAGAAGAAGAGCAAGAUGGGGAUGGGCACAGGGCUGGCGGUGGGAGCGGCGGCGGGAGUGCUGGGUGGGCUGGCGCUGGCCGGCGGGGCGAGCUACCUGGAGGACAAGUUCGAGGAGGGCGUGGCGGACGACCUCGCUCGAGAUCGAGAUGACGACGACGACGACUACAACGACGAUUUUUAAUUCCUCCUCCUCAUCCACCGCUAUUAAUAUUUCUAUACU